AUGACUACUCUUUCCCUUGACUCUUCAACGAUCGCCUCAGUCUCGAAGCUGCCCGUUUACGAUGCUACUGGAAAAGCCUUCGAUUUUGGGUCGCUUUACCAUGGAGAGAAGACCAUUGUCGUGUUCAUCCGUUGGCAUUUCUUCUGUGGACAAUAUGUGAUGGAACUAGCGAAGGUACCCCAGGAAGCGUUGCGACAGGCUGCCAUACGACUUGUCGUGAUAGGAUGCGGCGAUUGGCACCCAAUUCAGGAUUACUGUGACAUCACCGGCUAUAAGGGCGACAUGUUCGCCGACCCUUCAAGAGCGCUUUAUCAGUGCCUUGGUCUCACAGAGUCGCUGGAGCGCACCCCUGCCGGCCAGGAGAAGCGCAGCUACUUGGCGGGUAGAAGUUUCCUUGGGAACUUAGUUAGGAGCAUUUGGAACAACCGAGUCUCGGACAAUAGGAAGGACCGUUGA